AUGGGCUUAAAACCAUAUUUUGGCCUUCGUGGCAACGCAAUCCUCAGAGCAGCGACCUUCCUAGUCGUCUGUCCAACCUUUACCUGUUAUGGUUACAACAUGAGUGUAGCUGGAGGUCUUUUGACCCUUCCAGCUUUUAACGACCAGUUCCCUCGUAUGGAUACAUUCAACACAUCGGGGGCUUUAGAAAAGGAGAACUCUACAAUUCAAGGCACUGUUAUUGCUCUUUACACUGUCGGUGGUAUCUUUGGAGCCUUGUCAUGCGUCUAUCUCGGUGAUCUCCUCGGCCGCAAGAAGGUCAUCUUCUGGACCAACUUAAUAACAAUUAUCGGUUGUAUUUUAAUGGGAACCUCAUUCGACUUUGCGCAGUUCAUUGUCGCCAGAUUGAUUCUCGGUUUAGGAAUUGGAGGAUAUGUGGCUACAGUGCCAGUUUGGCAGUCCGAGAUCACAUCAGCCGAGAAACGUGGCUCAAAUGUCGUUACAGAUGGCAUUUUCGUCGGUGCUGGUGUUACCAUCGCUCUUUGGAUUGAUCUCGGAUUCUUCUUCGUCAAGGAUAGCUCUGUCGCUUGGCGCUUUCCUCUAAUUUUCCCCGCUGUACUCUGUGCUAUUGCCAUGGCGGCCAUCCCAUUCCUCCCAGAAUCGCCUCGUUGGUUGAUCAAAAUGGGACGCAUCGAAGAGGCCCGAAUGGUCAUGUCGGCUCUACUCAACGUUGAGCCUGACUCUGAGAUGAUCACUGAGAGCAUUCAUCAAGUUGAGUCCACUCUUGCCGUCUGCGGAAACACAAACUGGACCGCUAUGUUCACGAAUGGAGAGCAGCGUCUCUUCCAUCGUGCCUAUCUUGCUGCCACCGGCCAACUUUUCCAACAAAUGUGUGGUGUCAAUCUUAUUACAUACUAUGCGACCAGUAUCUUCCAGCAAUACCUUCACAUGGACGCUGUGAAAUCCCGCAUCCUCGCCGCAGCCAUGGGUCUCAUGCAGCCUUUGGGUGGUUACCUAGCCUACUACACCAUCGAUAGCCUCGGUCGUCGACCCCUUAUGCUCUGGUGUGCAGGAGCUAUGUCAAUUUGUAUGGCCGUCCUAGCUGGCUGUACAUCCAAGUCGGCAGAAAACAACACCGCAGCGCUAGUCGUCGCUGUCGUCGCCCUUUACGCCUUCCAAUUCAUUUUCACUGCCGGAUACUCAGGUUUGACCUUCUUGUAUGCAGCUGAGAUGGCCCCUCUGCAAGUUCGUGCUGCCGUCAGUGCCGUCUCCACAGCCACGGUGUGGGUUUUCAACUUCCUGCUCGCAGAAGUUACCCCUGUCGGGUUUUCAUCCAUUGGAAGCAAUUAUUACAUUAUCUUUGCGGUGAUCAAUGCCAUCAUUGUUCCGUCAGUCUACUUCUUCUUCCCCGAGACCAAGGGACGCUCCCUUGAGGAGAUCGAUGAGAUCUUUGCUCAGUCGAAGAGCAUCUUUGACCCUCCACGGGUGGCGCGUCGGAUGCAGACUAUUCAGGCUGUCAGGCCUGAUUCGUCGGAGAAUGGCAAUGAUACCGAUCAUUACAAGGAGGAUGUCAAGGUUUAA